AUGGGUGAAAAGAAUCUGGUUUGUUUGUCACUGGUCUUUCUCGCGGCGGCCGUGGCUGUCUUGGCCGGCCACGCCCACGGCGCCGACAUCUGCGCGAAAGCAGAUUACGUGCCCCUCUGCCGGUCCAUGGCGAAGGGCGCCGCCAAUAAUCCGGCAGUCGCCUUAAAGGUAGCCAUGGAAAAGAUGAUCGUCGAAACCAAACGCGCCAAAGCAGCGAGCGCCAAAAUAGGCAAAUCCCCGGCACUGUUGCUGUGCGCGGAGAACUAUGGCUACAACAUUUCGUACCUGCAGGAAUGCCUGAUGCUUCUGAAGAUCAAGGACAAAAACACGCUGAUGAUCCGGCUGUCCGCGGUUGUGGCGACAUACGGCGUGUGCGACGACGCCAUCGGCGAGAGCGGCAUCGUCACGCAAGCUGCGAGCUUGGUGUCAAUCGAUAAAAGGCUGACGCAAAUGACUAGCAAUUGCUUGCACUUCACCAGCUUGACUUAG